AUGCCGGACGUAGCAGCAACACCACCUUCCCCUCCUCCUCCAGAUUACAAAGAUGAAAAAUUUGAAUAUGACAUCAACUCAACUGAUGAACAAGUGAUGGUGGAAGACAGCACCUCUAGCCGUCAAAUCCAGGUUGAAGAAUAUCAAUUCACAUGGCGUGCAACUAUUGUAGGCUCCCUCUUGGGUUGUUUAGUUGCCGCAUCAAAUACAUAUCUUGGUUUGAAGAUUGGUUGGACAUUUGGUGCCUCGCUCUUUGGUGCCAUUUUCUCCUUUGCCAUCAUUAAGCCUAUUUCCAGAGUGCUUCCUCCCAAGUGGGGUGGUGGAUACUUUGGCCCCAAAGAAAAUUGUACUGCUCAAUCUGCAGCAACUACCGCAGGCGGUCUCUCUGCUGGUUUUGUAUCUGGUAUUCCUGCCAUGUAUAAAUUAGGUUUAAUGACAACUCCCAAAAAUGAUGCCGCUGCUUUAGUUCUUUUCACAAUUGCCUCUGCCUUCUAUGGUCUUUUCUUUGCUGUUCCUCUUCGUAACCACUUUGUCGUCAAGCAGGACUUGACUUUCCCCACUCCUCGUGCCGCUGCUGUCACCAUCAUGUCUCUUCACGAUUCAGUUGAAGGUGAAAAAGAAGCCAUGAAGAAGGCUUUGUGGAUGGGUAUCUGGUUCGUCAUCUCUUUCAUUUGGAGUUUGAUCUCUUACUGGAUUCCCUUCAUGGACACUAUUCACAUUCUCUGGUGGAUCGGUCAUAGCGCCAACUACAUUCCUCUGCAAAGUGCUGAUAUGGACUGGAAUUGGAACUUCAAGUGGGAUUUCCCCUUCUUUGGUGCUGGCUUGAUGACUCCCGGUUCUACCGUCAAUACCUUCUUUAUUUCCUCUCUUCUUGUCUACGGUAUCAUUGGUCCCUGCUUAGUCCACACCGGCUACUUUGUCCAACCCAUGGGUAUCACUACCAAGGGUGCCACCACGCAGUCUUUCUUCUUGUGGCCCGGUAUUGCUCUCAUGGUCUUGACUUCGUUCGCUGAACUCUUUGUCCGUUACGAUACCCUCUGGCGUGGUGUCAAGGGUGGUGUUGUUGGUCUCUACAAUGGCUGUAUCAACAGUUAUCUCUUGUUCAAGACCCACAUCUUGAAGAAGGACUUGAACGAAAAGGAAUUGCUCCAAAUGAACCCUCCCAGAGACGAAGAUGAGAUCUUUGCUGAAAAGGAACUCGUUCCUGCUUGGUGGUGGAUUCUGGGUGUCUUUAUCUCAAUCAUCUUUACUUGUGCCAUCAUGGGCGAGUUCUUUGGUAUGCCCGUCUACCAAUCCAUUGUUGCUGUCAUUCUCGGUUUCGUCUUGUCCUUUGUUGGUGUCCAAGCUGCUGGUGAGACUGAUAUCAAUCCCACUGGCUCAAUUGGUAAAAUGUCUCAAUUGAUCUUUGCUGGUAUGCCCAGUGAUACUCUCAAUCAAGUGCGUAAGAACAACCUGAUGGCUGGUAACAUUUCUGCCUCUGCCGCUGCUCAAGCUGUCGACAUGGUUGGUGAUCUCAAGACUGGUCAAUUGGUCGGUGCUUCUCCCAGAUCUCAAUUCUGGGCCCAAUUCAUCGCCUCCUUCUUCGCUAUCGGUAUCGCUGUUGGUCUUUUCAUUCUCUUUGCUGAAGCCUACCCAUGUGUUACCAGCACUGAUCUUAACGAGGAAUGUGAAUUCGGUUUGGUUGCAGUCAAGGCUUGGUAUAACGUUACAUUGUUGCUGACAGGCGGUGGUGAAAAGCUCACUAGAGAAUCCAUCAUCUUGACUGGUGUUGCCGCUGCUGUUGGUGUCGUUGCUCCUUUCGUUCGUGAAUUCUUGGUUCCCAAGAAGUAUCACCGCUACUUCCCUUCUGUCUCUGCUGUCGGUAUUGCCAUGAUCAACACCAGUCCUGAAGUGCCUUUGUCCAUGUUCAUUGGCUGGGUUGCUGGCAAGAUCUGGAAGCGUGUAGAUCCUGUUGCUUACGAAAAGUACAUGUACAGUACUGCCGGUGGUAUGAUUGCUGGUCAAGGUAUUUCCGCUCUUCUUCAAGCCGUCUUCAAGUUGAGUAAUGUUGCACCUUACGCUUACACUGGCUCUUGUAUUGAGGGUCUUUUGGAAAACUGCCCUUAA